UCUGCCAGACCGGUGUGGGGAGAAGUGACGGAGGUGACGCCGGCAUCGCCGGGGCUGAAGCAACGGGCCCGGGGCCUAGCCGCGUCACCGCCAGCAGCCCGCCCGGCCCAUUGUGCUCCCCGUCCCGGGUGUGUGCGGAGCAGGGAGGGGUGCGCGGCGCUGGCAGAGGGGUAGCCCUCGAGCAGUGAGGCCCGGAGGGGAGUGUAGGCCGCCGGCGAGAGACGGGGUCUCCCCGGACCAGUGCCCCACGGAUCACCCCGCUGCUGGACAUGGAGGCAAAAAAAUUGAUAACUGCAACAGAUACCCAAUACUCUGGCAGCUUACUACAGGCUUUGAAUGACCAACGACUGCAGGGGUUGUACUGUGAUGUCACCGUCAUAAUUGAAGACCGAAAAUUCAGAGCUCACAAAAAUAUUCUUUCUGCCUGCAGCACAUACUUCCACCAACUGUUCAGUGUUGCUGGACCAGUAGUGGAACUGAAUUUUAUCAGAGCUGAAAUCUUUGCAGAAAUCCUUAACUAUAUUUACAGCGCCAAAAUUGUCCGUGUGAAAUGUGAUAUGCUGGAAGAGCUGAUAAAGUCUGGAAAAUUGCUAGGGGUCCCUUUCAUAGCAGAGCUUGGUAUACCGUUGUCACAAGUGAAGAGCAUUUCUGGUGGAGUUAAGGAGAACAGUCCUGAUGCCCAGCCUAAUACUGAUCAGAAAGCACGAGAGCCAGCUAAAAACACAGCGCCUCCUACAUCAAGCUCAGCAGUGCCUAAAGCUGGGAACUCUGCAAUGCCAGUAAUUUCAGAAGCAUUUUCCUUAUCAUCCUCUAAAGAAUCCAAGACUGAAAUUGAAGAUUCAAUGGCUGACGAGUCCGAUGACAAGUCUGACGAUGAGUCCGAUGAUGAUGUGAUCUUUUGUUCAGAGACUGUGCAGGCCAAACCAGUGACUUCAGAAAAGAAAGAGUCUGUGCAGCCCCCAGCUGUCUCUGCUAAUGACCAAGUACCCGACGCAAAGAAAGCUACACCACCUAGUCAGCCACAGCAGUUUAUCCAAAACACUAAGCCUCAGUCCCAAUCCCCUUUGAAAAACAUUGCUCCUGCUCCAAAAGUCACAGCACCUGUUGCACCCGAUGAUACAAAUUCAAAUCUGCCAUCUCCAAAUCCUCCUGCAAAUGGGUCUUUUGCCCCUUCUGCUCCACAAGUCCCAGUCACCGCCAUUGUUCCUGUCCAGCAUUCCCAAAACGCCUCCUCUUCUGCUGCAACCAUACCAGUUCAAAAGAAUGUUCCCCCUGUCGUAAAUCAAAAUUUACCAAAACUACAACCGAUCGGUAUUGUUCAGCCCAAAACAGAACUAAUAUUAGAUGGGAAUUGCAUGUCUACUCCGGUUUCUUCAGUAAUAUCUUUGGGACAGCAUACGAUCACACACAAAAAUGUUUCGUUUGAUGGAGUGCAGAAAAAACAAGUGGUUACCUUUAGCCAUGGAUCUUCUUCAAAACCAGGUGAAUUCAAGAUUAAAAUUGCAGAUGUUAAUUCUGGAAGUAGUAAGGAAUCCCAUUUGUCAUCAGAGCCUCGUCGCAUAAUGGAUGGUAAAAAAAUAAUUACGUUAGACACAGCAUCUGAAAUAGAAGGGCUAUCAACAGGGUGCAAAGUUUAUGCAAACAUUGGUGAGGAUACCUAUGACAUUGUCAUCCCCAUCAAGGAAGAAGAUGAAGAAGAAGGGUUAGUUAAACUGGAUGAAGACGGGUUCCCUAACCGGAAACGAAUGAAAUUGAAACAUGAUGAUCACUAUGAGCUUAUCGUGGACGGAAGAGUCUAUUAUAUUUGCAUUGUAUGCAAACGAUCCUAUGUUUGUCUAACCAGUUUACGAAGACAUUUUAAUGUUCACUCCUGGGAAAAAAAAUACCCUUGUCGUUACUGUGAGCGAGUUUUCCCCCUUGCGGAAUACCGCACAAAGCACGAAAUACAUCACACAGGUGAAAGAAGAUACCAGUGCUUGACUUGUGGUAGUUCUUUUAUUAACUACCAGGUCAUGGCUUCACACAUUAGAUCAGUUCAUAGCAUGGACCCUGCUGGAGAUUCAAAGCUUUACCGUCUAAAUCCAUGUAAGACAUUACAGAUUAGGCAGUAUGCAUACAUAUCUGAUAAUACCAACAAUGUUCCUGUUAUCAACGAUGGUGGAAUUGUCUAUGACAUUGACCCAGAUAAAUCUGAGCCAGCGUCUGCCGAAAACAACAACUCGAACGAUGGACCAAAGCCUGUAAACUGGGACGAUAUCUUCCUUCAGCAGUCCAGCCAGAACAUGUUUAAACCAACCACAUCUGAGGGCAGUACUGAAUUUGAAUUUGUUAUACCGGAAUCCUAUUAAAUCACUUACAAAUUAAAAUACAAUAAAAUAGGAACAUACUGUACAUGACUUUCAGGUGAACAUCUGUCGUUUUUUGUUUUUUUUUAUAAAGUUAGAAUAGCCUAUGGAAAGGCAUUGUUUUAACUUACAACCAGUAUGUGAGGGCAUCUUCUCAGCAUUUACUUGAACAUCUGAUUGAACAGAAUUUAUUUACAAAGAGCCUUCAAAUUGUUAGUUUUGGUGAUAAUGAUAUUGUGCUAGAUAAUUACACCCAAACCUUGCUAGUUUAAUAAUGUACACAUUUAUAAUAUGCCAGUGAGUUUGUAAGUAUGCAUGGAUUAGGGACACUUACCAAUACUGUAUGUAUGUUUGCACUUUAAAAUCCAGUCUUCAAUUUGGCAUUAUUUUGGUAAUGGUGUAGACAGGUAAGCUUAUUCAGUUGUCUGAUUUGCAAAAUAAGAGUCUGCUGAAAGCGAAGGGUCAAUAAUCUGUGCUCCUCUCCCUUUUUACGGCAGAUGUGAGGCAAGGCAGUUGUAGCUUUAUGAAAGAUGUAUGCUCUAUUUCCCAUCAUUCUUGAAAGUGCAUUAUUACUUUUGUUGCACUAAAUAAUUGACUCUUUAAAUAUCUAGUUCAGUUUUGUUUUGUGUUUUGAAUAAAGAAAGGAGAAACCGCAAGAAAAUCUAUUAUUGUGUAAGAUGAAGGGGGGAAUUCAAUUAGCCACGUUAAAUUACCACGGCUAAUUAGUCCCCGGGGGGCUAAUUCAAGUGGCCCCAAUAGCCGGCAGCUUCAGGGAUUGUUUCUCCUCUGCCAGGGGCAGGAGGAAAAAAAAAAUCUCAGAUCUUGAUGUGUUUUUCAUUUGAAACCGGGUCAGCGCACACACAAAAUAAACUGGCUGCAGUUAAAAUUGCCGUAUACCACCAUCAGCCAAUAAAUCGCUGUAAAGUCUUGGUGGGUUUUUUUUUAGGGAGACUUUACCGCAUUCAUUGAAUUCCUCCCUAAAUCUAAUUGAACGUUUAUUUUGUAGCCUAGUUUACUUUGUCAUGAUGCCCCUUCUUUCCUAUGUUGGACCUUUCUACAGACUGCUGAUUCGUGCCACUGUUUUUGUUGGGUUGGUUUUUUUUUAUCAAUGUAUUUAGUCUGUUACUAAAUGCUCCUUAUUGACGGCUGAAAAGGGACAACCUAACAGUAACAUUCUCUAUUUUCCAAUUAAAUUAAACUGCUAAUAUACAGUUUUAGUUUUGUAAAUUUUUUUUUUUUUUUAAAGCCGCAAUUUCAUAACAAAAAUCUGGUGUUUUUAUUUCUUUCUAGAACACAAAUCGCUGAGGCAGACUAUAAGACUAAUGCUGGUUUAUACCAUUUUCCUUGAUUUAUUUCUUCAGGCAACUUAAUAAUUUAUACUUUUGUGGUGUCAUGUACUACUGUGGCACAUGUUGUGUGGAGCAUAGAGGCGUUGGAACGAUUCUGAUCUCGGUGUGUACUGUAUUAUCCUCCUGCCUCUGCCUUCCCAUGACAGGCUAAAGGGCCCUACACAUUGACCGAUCCGCCGUCGAGCUGCCCGACGGCGGAUACGGCCAACGGGUGACCCGGCGGCGGGGGGGGGGGCAGUGUCGGAAGUGAAGUUUCUUUCCCCCCCGUCACCUGGCUCCAUUGAAGUGCAGGCAAACAUGGACGAGAUCGUCAAUAUUGGCCUGCAUGCACAGCUGACGAGGCACCAGCGAUGAACGAGCGCGGGGCCGCGCAUCAUUCAUCGCUGGUGACUCCACACUCAAAGAUAUGAACGGUAUCUUGUUCAAUAAUGAACGAGAUCGUUCAUAUCUUUGAGGAUUAUCGACCAGUGUGUAGGGCCUAUAACAUCAGUGAGCCUGUGUGUGACUAGCAUCCAUACUGGAUGUCCGUCCAAAGAGAUUUAGAAAAAUGGUUUCUAGAAGAGCAGCUAUAAAUAUUUCAUUCUUAAAAGGUGCUUAACUUACUAUUGAAAGAAGAAAAAAUAAACUCUGUGAGAUUGCUUUAAUUAUGUUCUCCUUUUAACAUGAACUGACAUUUUACACACAUUUAAAUAUGUAUUCUGAUCCUUUCACUGCAUUCAUCUAAAUAGAGUGCUAAUAAAAUGCUUUUUAGCUGGUGCUGUGGAUGUACAGAGAGGAUAUUUAAAGAAGUUCUAUAACUACUAUAUAUUAACGUUAUUAACACUCCCAAAUAUAUAUGCAGAAGUUCAUGGAAAACUAUUGGAAACAAGUUUUCAAGUGUGAGAGAGUUGUGUGUACAUGUACCAUAUUUCUGAUUUGUAACCCUGCAUACUCUCAUCACAAUGCAGUUAUCUUACCUCUAUUAACUAACAAGCUCAAAUGCAUUUUAUUAGAACUUUUACAUAUAUAUUUGUCAUUGUUGCAAGAUGCCUUCCCAUAUUGGAUCAACCCCCAUUUCAUAUUAAGUAGUUCUUAAUGUAUAUUAAAUUAUGUUUCCACUACCUGAAUUUUUUUAUUUUAUUUUUUUGUUUGUUUUUUAAACUUCUCGUUUUCCCCCAUUUAUAUGUAGGCUUGUGGAUUCCAGUAUUUUUACACACCGUUCCUUUUAACACUAGUCCUAGAUAUAAAUAUAAUUUAUCUUUACCCAACAGUUCACUGGUAGGAGUUGGGUUUCCCAAUCUUGCAGAAUGUCUAAGUAGUCCAGCAUUCCUUUUUCAUGCUUGGUGUAAAUGAUCUGAAAGAUAAAAAAAAAAUGUUCAUAGAAUACUGGGAUUGUUGUAGCUAGCAUAGAACAGUAGGAUGGGAUUUUUUUUUAAAGACUUGAUAAAAUGGUAAGAUUUGUUAUAAUACUAUGCUUGUUUUUUUAUGUGUGGUAAUGCCAUUGUAGAUACUUGCCGAUGUACAAACAUUAGGCACAAGUAUCUGUAUACAUAACUGUAAGCUACAAUAAAGGAUAAUGGCUGCCUUUAAUUAGUGGAAUAGAGGACUCCGCUAAACAAUAUGUCAGGGGAGGUGUUGAGGGUGGGGAAACUGUAAAACAAAAUACAGAGUUUGGUUUAUAACACUGUAACAGAUUGGGAAACUUGUCAGAAAACUCCAAAGAGCAAAUACAAUGAAGCAAUGUUCUUACUCCCAGGUUUAAUAAAAGUGUAAUGUAUUCUUAUACUGGGAGAUUGAGUCUUGCGAGAUCCUAGAUCUUGGGAUUUUUACAUCUCUAAUACACUGUACUCAUACGCGAGCAAACCUUGUAUGACACUGUAGAAGUAGCUGUUAGUGUGUAGUUAUUGGAGGCAUGCUGAUCAUGUCCUUAUGGGGGGGGGGGGGGGACAAGUCUAUCUUCUUUGAAACUUCAUUUUUAAGUUUUUUUUAUUUAAAAGUGACUAUUUCUACAGAAGGAGUUGUUCACUAGUUGUGGAUGGGAGCUCAUAUGUGUCCUUUUGUAAUGAUAACCGACUAAGCUUAUUUGUUGCUAAGCCAAGCAAAACUUCAGAAAAGUACUAUUUUGCCCUCAUGGACUUGUCAGUAUAAAGUUUCCUAGUUUACGAUGUGUAAAGCUUUUUGAGUUUACGCUUAAACCUUUGUGGCGAUGAGAAACAUGGUAAAAAGUCUUCCCUUUUGAAACUGGUAGAACAUGUACUUUAUGUAAAGUAUAUUGGUGUGCCAGGGGAUUAUUGUGUAUUAAAUACCAGGUAGGAUAUUGGCGUAGGCUCUGUAACUUGUGCAACAUAGACAUCUCUCCUCAAGGCAAACGGACUGGAAGUGGUGGCAAGAUUACCAUUAGAUAGCCAUAUCUCAUAGACUCUUGGAGGCGCCUAACAGCAUGGAAUUCAGUUAUGCAACCCUUUCAUGCAAUAUUUAUUUGGCCCGUUGUACUUACUGAAUGUUAAUAUUCAAAACUUAAAUAUAUUAAUGCUAAAUUGUGGGUAAGUAAAUGCAGCUGCAAGUCCAUUAACCAUUGCACAACUUUCCUUUUUCUUACUUGCUAACACACUGAAACUAAUGUUAAGUUUCAAGCGAAAGUGCAGAUCUUUUCUUUCUCAGUCCUUUCAUAAGGCUUCUCAGCAUAGCAUUCCAAUCUGAAUAAUAUGUAAAGAAAUAAAAUGGUGUCAACAUGCCUGGUUGCUCGUUAUAGUGUCAUUACCGGUCAUGGAAUGCAAAUAACCGCUGUAUGUAUGUCAUUAAGAAGUUGGGUUGUAUAUCUUUUAUUCUCUAAUGAUCGCAUUCUGAAAUGGUUCAUUUGUACCAAUAAUGUUGUGUGUAUAUAUUAUACUUGUACAGCUUUUCCUUAACUUUUUUUUUAAGUCGUGUGCUACUUUCCACUAACUAAUACUUGAGCCUUUAGACUUUAGAGCUUUCUAUGGCAAACCAAUAAACAUUUUUCAAUCUUGA